AAAUCCAUCUCCUCCCAAAUUAGCUUAAUAGGAAAUGACAAGGGCCAGCUAGCUAAUUACCAGUGCUAUAAAAGCAGCAUCAUUGCAUAGCAGAAUAGGAGUAGGGAGUGGUAAGAAUUUUUGCAGAAGCAAGAGGACAAGACUGAGUGCCAUAGUUAGGAGAUCCUGUGAUGUCUUCCACCCAGAGGAGCAGUACCAACCUUGUGACAUUAAAGGAGAUCUUGGAACAUGGGUUUGUGGCAGGAGCUUCCAGCUGCAUCAACUUUUCUCCCAGCAUCAGCUACUACUUGGAGACCGACAGUACCUCUAAACCAGAUGCCUGGGAUGGCAUCCUUGACUUGGAGAAUACAACAAAAGGCAGUUCUCAGCUUGUCCUCAAGUGGCCAGAGUCUCUGAGCAGUUAUGUGAAGGGUGACUUGAGUUGUGUGACCCAGGGCCUUUGUGAUGGUGGUCUUGCUUACUUCUGCAAGACCCCCAGUGUUCCAGUUACCUUUGACUUGUCCAGUGUGGUUUCUGAAUCCAACAGCAGAGCCAACUCUAUAAUAGAUGUAUUUUGUGAUGCCAAGUCCUCCACACCAUGCAAGGAAGAAAAGCAACCCAAAUCAAUGGAGAACUUGCUCUCUAAAAGCUCUGAGAUAACUGAAUUCUCCAGUCUCAGGAAGCCACCUCCACCCAUCUGGGAGAUCUCUGAGAUACAAGCCCCUCCGGACAACACUCUUUCUCUGGAUGCAAGUGUAGAAGAGCUGAGGUCACUGGGAUCUCUGAAACCAGAUACCCCAUCUCUGGAGAAAUCUGUCUUUGCUAUUGCUUUGGCUUGGCCUGGUGCCGCUACCAAGAGAUCUUAUGCUCCUGCCUUCAGGUCUCUCAGUUAUGAUACCCAGGGGAGUGAGCCAGAGCCCUUAACUACUGCUCACUGCAUGAAGCCAUUUGACUUUGCUAUCCCCUCUCUGAUGACAGAUGGGCUGACAAGCCAAAUGGGCCACAAAAAUCAAAACUGCUCAAAUGAGAGAGGAAAGGAGUGAGCUUAGCUCAGUGGUCAAUGGCCAAAGCCAUCACACUAAGCUCUCCGAUGACAUUACUUGGGACAUUCUUUGGUAGUGCAUGUGCUCUGCAUCAUGCAAACAUAAGUGAUGCAUGGGCCAGGGUGUCUGCUGCACAAGAGGCCAGUGUAUAAAGCCUGACUACAGUUGAGGGUGUUCAUCUGUGUUGGAAACUAGCUCACCUGAUGGCAAAUCUCUGAAGUCUCUUUUAACAAAUAGUUUCAGCUGCAAAUGGUGGGAACCAUCCUGGGUGAGGCUCUGUUGCUGCAAGCACAAUGCCCUCUCCUCUCCACCUGGGGAAGGGCUUUUUACCCUCCUUCCCUCUAUUCUUCUCUUCCUCCUCCCACCCCCAAAAAAAAAAUCUAGUGUGGAAACUUGGUAGGGACACUAUUGGGUGGAGGCAGCUGUUCUGAAUUCCUAGAUCACCUUGGUGGGUCUUUUAAAUUAACUGGAUGUUGACUCUUGCUCAAUAGCCCUGAACUUAAUCUGUGCCCUUCAUAGUAAGCUGACUGCCUUGUAAAACUCUCCUGUCUUAAUUGUGUUUGUAGUGUGCAAAUAAAGAGAACUCCAUCUUGUGCAUA